AUGGCCCCAGACACGAGCGUAGAUCUCGCAACCAUCGCAGCCGGCGCCGCUGCCAGUUCAGCGAGCACGAACGUAGCAGGGGGCGCGCCUUCAGCAUCAAUAUCAACUGUGGCAGGUAUUCCUCCAGCACCGGCACCAGGAGCGGGGGCGGCAUUUGCAGCAGGCUUCGGGGAGACGGAAGACCUCUGGUCUUCCAUUCUCAACUCGGUGCAUAGCUCACGAGGCGUGACGACAAAGAACAUCGUCCUCCUUGGCGAGCCAGCAACCGGCAAACGAACAUUGCUCAGGGCGCUCGCAGCCGGCUCGCAUUCCUCCUUUGCACUUGGUGACGGCAUCUCCGGAAAUAGCAGCGGAAACAUCAAUGGUGCAGAGUUUGAUGCUGCACCCGCCGCAGCACUAGCAUCAUCAUCUGCCUCGAUCGCGACCGUCACUGCAGUACAGCAUCCUUCUAGUGCCAAUGCAGUUGCCGCUUCGAAUCCAGGCCCAGGUUCUGCAGCAGCGGCGGCCGCACUAUUAGGCCUUGCAUAUGGUUACUUUGACGUGACAGAUGACGAUGAUGCGAGUCAGGGCACCAGCAACAGCCGGAGCACUUUGGCCGGCGGUGCGGGUAUACAGCAGGGUGACGUUAUCGCGCGUGUAGGCGCAUACACCCUGCACAGCUCGCACCCCGCCUACACUGGCCUGCUCGCUCUCGCAUUCCCUACGGCGCCGGGCGAGGCGGGGAGUAUGAUAGCACAAGCGGAACCGUUUCUGUCGGAGCUGAAUCAGCAACGAGGGCACCUGCCGCAACCGUCGCUCGCGGCGCUGAGCGCCUCACUGAUCCUGAUCACCCUCGACUGGACGCAGCCGCAGUCCUUCCUAGACCAGCUGCGCCGCUGGCUUGUUAUCGUACGUAGGAUGGUUGACAGCGCCAGCGACGCCGCGCUCUCUUCUCGGGCAGCAGCAGGCAGCGGCGGAACGUCAGCAGGUUCAGCGUCAAGCGGCCUCGGUUGGAGUAGAAAGUGGGUCGUGCUCGAUGAGAUGCGCGAAGCGCUGGAAAAUACGUUCCGCGCAUACAGAGAGCCUGCUGUGCAUGCAAGUGCCAGUGGCGGUGGCCCGACAGCAGCAGUAGCGGGAGCAGGGGCAGGUAGGAUGAACGGCACUGCUGGACAGGCCUCGGAGUCGGAUGCCAGCUCUGCCGCGUCGAAUGCAUUCGUUGAGCCCAGCAGCGCUAGCGCUGGCGUCGGUGGGGCCGCGCUAUCAUCGCUCCAGCUCCCCCUGCCGGACGGGGCACUGGACAGCGAGUCCAACUGGGGUGUAGGUAUUGUCAUCGUAUGCACCAAGGCCGACUGUAUGGGCCAGGUAGAAGCGGAGCGUAACUUUAAAGAGGAGCAGUUCGACUACGUCCAGCAGGUUUUACGUGUCGUCUGCCUCAAAUACGGCGCGGCGCUCUUCUACAUCUCGAGCCAUCGACCAGAAUCAGUCGCUUCGUUACGAAAGUACAUCCUCCACAGGCUCUUCGACACCUCUUCUGCUCCCACUGGUGCCGCGGGAGCAACAGCAGCCGGUGCAGUAAGCGCGGCGACGAGUGCGCGCUUCCGUCUCGCCCAGCGUGCCAGCACAGUCGACCGAGACACCGUAUUCGUACCCGCUGGCUGGGACACCUACGGGAAGAUCAAAGCGCUUCGCGGCAGCGACGACAGCUUCGAUCCCAAAUCCGUGCGCAGGAGCUGGGAGACCGACUUUGCCGUCGAGCUCGAGCGACGCGAGCGGGUGCUGCGCAAACUCUCUGCAGCAGCAGCUGCAAGCAUCGCUGCACCUGGCAGUGCGCCACUACCCUCGUCUCUGCCACCCUCCGAGAAGCCGGACGAAGCAGACCCGUCAUUGGCGGAAGAGACACUGCGCCAAGAGCUGUUCGGCGGACUUGACGGAGGCAGUGCAGCGCGUAGCGCCGUGCAGCUCUUCGAGGAUAUCGUCGGCGACUGGCACGCGCGCGCGCCACCCGUCGCGCCGGGAACCAAGAUCGCCGAGCCGGACAUGCAGGCUUUCCUUGCGCAGCACUAUGCGGCGCUUCAGAAGGAGCCCGCUGAGGCGAAAGGAGGCGCGCUCGGCGGCGUCGCUUCUGCUUCUGACCAUGCGGACGGCAGACGCGGCUCGAAGGACGCCGCAGGCAGGCCGAUGGCGGCGGUUGAUGCUGCUGAGGAUGUUCGUCGCGGCGUCAUGGGUCCCAUAGCAAGCAACGGGCUCAGCAUUCUGCCCAAGAUGGACACGGCGGAAGACGCUGGAGAUGAAGUGAUACAGCCUGUUCGAUUGUCCAAGUCUCGAUCGUCCGACAAGCGCGAACGACCGCGCAUCGAUACAGAUAGUCUCGCAUUGCCUGCUUCACGCGGCGGCUCGAGGCCGACGAGCCCAGGCAUGGGCGGCGGGACAGCGUCGUUGCCCGGCGUGCCCAAGCAAAGCGAGGUCCUACAGAGUUUCUUCCAAAGCUUGCUCAAGGACAAGCCGGUCACAAGUGCUUCGAACAAGAGCUCACGCAGCGCGCGGAAAGGGACGCCUGGGGCAAACGAUACCCGCGACACGCAGACGCCUCCUCCAGCGUAA